AUGGACGGCGACGGCAAGCGUGCAAGCACGGUCAAGGGUUGCUUCCGCAUUCCCACUUCUCUCUUUCGCCCUGCCUAUAGCGCGCACGCGCGCAGCCUCGAACCAGUCCCAUGGGGCGAAGCGUUCUGCCACAACGAUGACGAUGAGAAUGGUGAUGACGGUCGUGGUGGUGGUGGUGGUGGUGUUCGUUGUCGUCGUCGUAUUUGCCAUCACCGUCCAGGUCGUUGUGGUCGUCUUCCUCCUCCUCCUCCUCCUCCCCCUCCUCCUCCACCCCCCAUUUCCUACCUCGUGGUGUGGAAGUAG